AACAAUAUCCAUGAGACUAAUAGUAGCAUGCAGAACGAUUUUUCCAUAAAAAUGUCAGACCAGGGGUACUGCUAUUCUUAUUAGCAUGAAAUAUGGAAGGUGAGUUUGAAAGAAGCAAGGAAACUCCUCUUCAUGACACAUCAGAAAAUCUUCAACAGAUGGCAGAGGAUACAAAGAGGAAGAAGAGUGAGCCAUUCACUAUAAAUAUACAGCUGGACUUCAUGCAAGUUUUGCUGUUUAUAGCUGCAUUAUUAACUAGGACUUGGCAGCUGGGAUCUCCAAAAUCUGUGGUAUUUGAUGAGCUGCAUUUUGCCAAGUAUGUUUCAUUAUACAUGAAAAAGAUUUUCUUCUUUGAUGUUCAUCCACCACUUGGGAAGCUGAUACUGGCAUUUAUAGGCAGUUAUACAGCAUUUGAAGGUCACCUGGGUUUUGAAAGAAUAGGGGCAGAGUACCCUAGUGACUUCCCAUUGAAGGAGUUGCGUUUAAUACCAGCAGUUUGUGGAAGUCUUGUUGUACCACUUGUUUAUCAGAUAGCAGUAGAACUUGGCUUCAGUAGGUGGUCUGCUUUACUGGCAGGUGCUUUUAUACUACUAGACAAUUCCCUCCUAGUGCAGUCAAGAUUUAUUCUGAUGGAGGGAAUGUUACUUUUCUUCAUGUGCCUGUCUCUACUCAGCUACCUUAAAUUUAGAUCUCUGGGACAUAGGUCAUUUUCACUACAGUGGUAUUUUUGGCUGUCCUUGACUGGUGUGUCAUUUACAUGUACACUAAGUGUAAAGUAUGUGGGGUUAUUUACUGCAGUGUUGAUUUUGUACUUGAUAUUGCGAGACUAUUGGAAACUUUUGUCAGAUUUUACAAAAGCUGAUCUGUGUUUGGUCAACCAUAUGUUGGUAAGAACAGUGUUCUUGUUGUUGGUACCAGCAGUGUUGUAUGUGUACAUGUUCUACAUACAUCUCACUAUUCUCACCAAGGCAGGACCUCAUGAUAAUAUUAUGACAAGUGCUUUCCAAGCUAGUUUGGAGGGAGGAUUAGCAGCUCUGACAAAAGGUCAGCCUUUCCAUAUUGUAUAUGGGUCACAGAUCACCUUGAAGCAUACAUAUGACCCAGCACCUGGUCAUCCUUGCUGGCUUCACUCUCACACACAUCCAUACCCUGUGAGAUACAAGGACGGACGGGGAUCCAGCCAUCAACAACAAGUCACAUGUUAUACACAUAAGGAUGUCAACAACUGGUGGAUUGUUAAACAUCCAGACAGAGAAUCAUUGAAGGUUGAAGAUCCACCUGAACCUGUUAAGAAUGGUGAUAUUAUACAACUGAUACAUGGGCUUUCUGGAAGAGCACUUAACAGUCAUGAUGUAGCAGCACCAAUGAGCCCACAAAAUCAGGAAGUCUCCUGUUAUAUAGAUUACAAUGUUUCUAUGCCGGCACAGAGCCUGUGGAAAGUUGAUAUUUUGAAUAAUGGUGUCUCUGGUGGAGAAAAAUGGGAAACUAUAAAUAGUCAAGUUCGUCUGAUACAUAUCAACACGACACAGGCAUUGAAGAUAAGUGGUAGAAGUCUACCAGAGUGGGGAUUUAAUCAGCUGGAGGUGGCCACAGAUAGAGUUAUACAACAGGAUGCUACAGUCUGGAAUGUAGAGGAACACAGAUAUACAAAAACUAAAGAUACAGUAUAUGAGAUAGGUACCGGUGAGAUGAUCCCGAUGCAGCCGACAUAUCUGUCAUUCUGGCAGAAAUUCUCGGAGCUUCAGUACAAGAUGAUUAUGAUGGGACAAGACAAGGAGAUGGAACACAAGUACAGUUCUAGUCCACUUGAUUGGCCUUUUAUGAAGAAGAAUGUUGCAUACUGGCUUAGUGAUACUAGUAAUGCCCAGAUACAUCUGGUGGGAAAUGUUGUAGUGUGGUUUGCUGGAACUAUUUCUAUACUUAUCUAUAGUGGUCUACUUGUAUUCUAUCUGCUGAGGAGGAGACGAGAUUGUUUUGAUCUUACACAAGAUGACUGGAGCAACUUUCUGUUUGUGUUUGACAUCAUUGUCAUUGGAUACCUGAUACAUUACAUUCCUCACUUUCUGACGGAUAAGACAUUGUUUCUACAUCAUUAUCUUCCUUGUGUAAUCUUCAAAGUGCUUGCGCUGGCCGCAGUACUCAACCAUGCAGAUAUAUGGCUGUCACAGGUUCGUUUUGGAUCAGUUGCGCUGAACAAUAUUAUAAUAGUCUUGAUAGCUGCAGCUAUGUGGGUAUUCCAGGAACUUUGUGUUGUUACCUACGGCAACGAAAACCUCAGUCCAGAACAAGUCGAAAAACUGACAUGGAUGGAGUCAUGGGACUUCCUGUUACAUAGAUAGCAACACGGAUUUAUUCAGUAGCAACUCAAAAACAAAACUAUUGUAUAUAAUACACAAAUAUGUAUAUUUAUUCAUUUUGAUAUUUUAAUCAUGUUUUUUUUUGUCCAAAAUAAAGUUAAAAAUGAGUAGUGGAUGUAUGGAUGGAUGUUUUGAAGUACUCGAGGCAUAGCCAGCCCAAAAAGAAUGUGCUGGCACAAGCUAGAGGGGUUUACAGGCACGUGCCUUUAGAAAAGCAUUUUUUAAAUUUUAUACCUAUGAAAUCACUGUUUUUUAAAUUACACAUGCAAUAAACCAUGCUCGUGAAAAUCAGGUAUGGGCUUUUGGACCUAAUAAUUACGCAAACAUUUGCAGCAUUUUGACACAUUUUCUGUUCUUAAAAAUACUGCUGCUUUGAAAUAAAAGAUCAAGAAAAAAUUUCCUCUGAAAAUGACAGUUAUUAAAAGGAAGGGUACAUUAAAGAUUGAUUUUGCUUGUUUCAAAGGUCAGAAAAAAUAUUGUUCAACCAAAUGAACCCGUGCUGGUACUAAUGAUAAACUUAAACAGAUGAUAAAGUCGACCACCUUCAAAUUAUUCGAUUGCAAUCAGUUAUUUAUACAAUUGAACAUGCUGUCUAAUAGCAACCACUUAAGCACCAACUGGUGUAUACAAAAACAAAAUUGGUAAAUAAAUGACUUACAUUUAUCUGUUUAAAAGAUAUUUAUCCAAAAUUACUUUGGAAGAGGAUGUUUUUUGGAGUAUACUCACUAUCAACACACAUAGAGGGUGUCAUUGGGUAACUUUUCAUUACAUGAUCCGAAAUGACUGUUACAUUUUUGGGAAAGUUUCAGUAUAAUACUAAGGAGAAUUUAUCAUCAGUCAAUGUUUGCUUACUAAAUAUAAAUUUAAAUUAUGUCAAUUUUUCAGCAAAUGUUGAGCUUAAUUUUGAUACAAACCAUUGAUAAUUUGCAGAAAUAAAAGUUACUGGUAAAAAACCUCAUUUUCUGUCCGAGUUUAUCAUCAGUACCAGUACUUGUAUGUUGUAUAUUUCUAUGUGAAACCUACAAUAGUUACCUGCCGUAUACUGUGCCAAACAUAAUUUAUUAUUUAGUGUUUUGCACAUGAAAUUAAAUGCUUAAUCGAUUUUUGACUAAUUUUUGUCAUUUUAUGAGUUGUAAAUUGGUGUAUGUAGACUUUAUUGUGCCCUACACUUAAUCAUCAGGCAGCUGAAAUUCAGUCGGACAGUCAGUCUAGAGGUCACCGGUUGAGUUCCUCUAGGGUCAUGACUCGGUGCUUCCUUGUAUGACUGGAGUACUGGAUUUUACCAGUGACCAGAGUAAUGCUUAAAAAAAAUAAUUAAAUUAUAAAUCUUAAGUGUCUUCCAGAAUCUCAAUUAAAUUUUGUUACUUUUAAAAUGUUCCUAUUGGACUGAUUUAAAAGUUUUUUAUGAUUUCUAUAUAUAUAUAUAUACUAUAUACAUAUAUAUAUAUGUAUGCAUUCAACAAAAUUUAACCAAAAACCUUGUUUUACUUGUAGAUCUGUCUGUCGGCAGAACAGACUGUUAGGUUUGUGAUCAAUAACACGGGCCUUUAGUGAUAGAACUUCAUAAUUUAGCAUGAUGAUUGCCUGUGGUCAGUGGAUAAUACCGGACUUUGGCAGUCAAUAGGUCAAAGUGAGUAACUGAAGAAGGCCUUUGUCCUCGGCUGUCAAACUUCAUAGGAUAAUAGCUUGUGGUCUACCUGAUCUUGAUGAAACUUGGUCAGAAUGUUUGCUUUUAUGCUGUCUAGGUCAAAUUUAAUACCGAGUUAUCUGGGUUUAAAAACUUCAAGAUUAAAUAGUAGAAAAAAGUGUUCACUCUAAAAGCCACCUGAUUUAUAUGAAACUUGGUGUUUUAAGAUAUUCAAGGUCAGUCAGGGUAAGAUGAGGUACUUGGUGCCAUUAUGGUCCUCUUGUUGUUGUUUUUUCUCUACUUAACCUGCUUGCAAAUAUAAUGUUCUUUCAGUUUUCAAACAGGGAGAAUGACUUCCCUGUUCCAUUAUAUCCAUCUCAAUCAAUUACAGGGCCUCUGUGGCUGAGUGGUUAAGGUCCCUGACUUUAAAUUAUUUACCCCUCACCGUUGUGUGUUCUUCAUGUGAGGAAGCCAUCCAGCUGGCUUACGGAAGGUUCAUGAUUUUACCAAGGUGCCAUUUCUAGAUGAAAUAAUGCACAGAGGGGCACCUUGUGUCUAGCUCCACCAUCAAAGCUGGAAAGUCGCCCUAUAACCUAUUAUUGUGUCGAUGCGACGUUAAACCCAACCAAAACAAAGUAAAAUCGAUCAGUGUAGCACUAGAAAUUUUCACUGUCAAUUAAAUUUACCAGUAUACAAAAAGAUGGUUUUGAUUUAGAAGAAAAUAUUAUUGUAUACUAUGAAAUCCUUUUUAUUAGCUCAUCUGAUUUUUUGAAAAAAAAUGAUGAGUUAUUGUCAUCACUUGAGCGGUUGUCGGCGUCGGCGUCGGCGUCUGCGUCGGCGUUGCCUGGUUAAGUUUUAUGUUUAGGUCAGCUUUUCUCCUAAACUAUCAAAGCUACUGCUUUGAAACUUGGAAUACUUGUUCACCAUCAUAAGCUGACCCUGUAUAGCAAGAAACAUAACUCCAUCUUGCUUUUUGCAAGAUUUAUGGCCCCUUUUGUACUUAGAAAAUACCAGAUUUCUUGGUUAAGUUUUAUGUUUAGGUCAACUUUUCUCCUAAACUAUCAAAGCUAUUGCUUUGAAACUUGGAAUACUUGUUCACCAUCAUAAGCAGACCCUGUACAUCAAGAAACAUAACUCCAUCUUGCUUUUUGCAAGAUUUAUGGCCCCUUUUGUACUUAGAAAAUAUCAGAUUUCUUGGUUAAGUUUUAUGUUUAGGUCAACUUUUCUCCUAAACUAUCAAAGCUAUUGCUUUGAAACUUGGAAUACUUGUUCACCAUCAUAAGCAGACCCUGUACAUCAAGAAACAUAACUCCAUCUUGCUUUUUGCAAGAUUUAUUGCCCCUUUUGGACUUAGAAACUUUUUUUUUAUGGUUAAGUUUUAUGUUUAGGUCAGCUUUUAUCCUAAACUAUCAAAGCUAUUGCUUUAAAACUUGCAACACUUGUUCACCAUCAUAAGUUGACCCUGUACAGCAAGAAACAUAACUCCAUCCUGCUUUUUGCAAGAUUUAUGGCCCCUUUUGGACUUAGAAAAUAUCAGAUUUCUUGGUUAAGUUUUAUGUUUAGGUCAACUUUUUCUCUUAAACUAUCAAAGCUAUUGCUUUGAAACUUGCAACACUUGUUGACCAUCAGAAGCUGACCCUGUACAGCAAGCAACAUAACUCCAUCCGGCUUUUUGCAAUAAUUAUUGCCCCUUUUGGACUUAGAAAAUCAUUUUCUUGGUUGAGUAUUAUGUUUAAGUCAACUUUUCUCAUAAACUAUCAAAGCUAUUGCUUUAAAACUUGCAACAGUUUUUCACCAUCAUACGUGGACACUGAACAUUAAGAAACAUAACUCUAUCCUGCUUUUUGCAAGAAUGAUGGCCCUUUUUAGACUUAGAAAAUCAUGGGUAGGACAAUAUUUCUAUUACACAAAAAAAAUCAGAUGAGCGUCAGCACCCGCAAGGCGGUGCUCUUGUAUAAAUUCAUUAUGCUUCCAUAACUGCCAACUCAUGUCUGUGUUUGAAUUAUGUGUAGAAAAAAAGAUAAAAGAAGCAGGACUAUGCAAUAAUAGUGAUAUACACAAGACUUUCAUUAUUAUGGACAUGCAUCUCUUAGGUUUGUGGUGCAGUGUCUGCUAGUCAGACCAUAGUUUCUCAUGGCAAGCCAUGAUCAUGUGAUAUUGCUUACUGAUAUGUUACAAGCAUUUGUAAUAAAAACUGCAUAUUUAACAAAAUAAAGGGUAAAGGCAG